AUGACCUCGCCUUUGCAGCCCCAGAGCGGUCGCCCGGCCCAUAGCGCUCGUUGGCCAUGUCGGGCUAGGCCGCUUCAGGCACAGGGGGUGCGUGGUGGCAAAUGUCGCGCCCAAUCAACGGCGUGGGCCCAUAAAAGCUCGCCGCACGGCCCCCCGCCCAUCUCGUCUGACCCAGCCCGUUCUUCUCCAGCCCUUUCGCUCUUCUUGCCUCCUCGCACUCUCGCACCUCCGCUUCUCUCUCACACACAUACAUACAUACAUCUUCUCAGCCUCGCAUCGCAGCUCCCCCAUAGUUAA